CUCAUCCCACCACAGGUCCACAGCCACCGUCAAGACCCACGACGAUGCAGAUCUUCGUGAAGACCGUCACCGGGGAGACUCUCACUCUCGAGGUCGAGAGCAGCGACACCGUCGACAGCGUCAAGGCCCAGAUCCAGGAGAAGGAAGGAAUCAUCGUCACCACUGACGAGGACGACGACGACGAUGGGUAUCAGCUACCGUCUCUCGUCUUCGCCGGGAGGCAGCUAGAGGAGGAGGACGGCCGGACCCUGGCCGACUACGGCAUCUGCAAGGAGUCGACGCUGCACCUCGCGCUUGGCCUCCGCGGCGGCCAUCGGGGCGGCCAAUGCUGGUUCAUCGAGCCCAGCCUCCGAGAGCUCGCGAUCAGCCACAACGAGAAGAAGAUGGUCUGCCGCAAGUGCUAUGCGCGUCUUCCUCUCAGGUCUACCAACUGCCGCAAGAAGAAGUGCGGCCGCAGCAGCGACCUGAGGAAGAAGAAACCGUUUCGCAAAUGGUGAAGCAACUUAGCAGUGACAUGCAUACUACCAGAAGCCACGAGCUUCACAUAUGGACCGGUGGAUAGAUAUCAUCGUCUGUGUUUCUUGCC